AUGCAGGCGGUCCCCGAGCCACGGCAGCAAAGCUUCGAGGAGAUCUAUGGGCCUCCGGAGAAUUUCCUCGAGAUUGAAGUCCGCAAUCCCCAAACCCACGGUACCUCCCGCAACAUGUACACCUCCUACGAGAUCGUCUGCCGAACGAACAUUCCCGCCUUCAAACUGAAACACUCCGUUGUGCGCCGGCGAUACUCCGACUUCGAGUACUUCAGAGAUAUUCUGGAGCGCGAAAGCACACGGGUCACAAUACCGCCGCUGCCGGGGAAAGUGUUCACCAACCGCUUUAGCGAUGAUGUGAUUGAGCACCGGCGAGAGGGUUUGCAGAGGUUCUUGCAGAUUGUUGCAGGUCAUCCCUUGCUACAGACUGGAAGUAAAGUUCUGGCGAGCUUUAUUCAGGACCCGAACUGGGACCGCAACGCUUGGUGA